CUUCUUGUUCCCUCUCGGUCACCGCGAUAUUAAUAUCAGAUCUGAAACUUGGAUCUCAGUCUCCAUUCAUUUGUCGCCAUCGGAGUCUCGUCUUCCCCCAAAUAUCUCACCAUCUCGAGAUCUCAUGGCGACCACGAAGAAUCAGCCAGGGGGGCCCAGGACCUCAUCCUCACCCACUCAGCGCUACCUCAUCGCAUACAAUGGCGUGUGUUUCGUGCUAUGGUCCAUUGUCAUCUUGCGUGCACUUGUUCUCAUUCCGGUGCUUGCAUCACAUGGCAAGCUGCAUAGCAUCUUCGAUGCUCUCUUCACUUUCCUGAAAUGGACUCAAACGAUAGCUCUCCUUGAGAUUGUCCACGCCGCUCUAGGUCUUGUACGAGCAAGCCCCAUCACCACGGCCAUGCAAGUCUCAUCCCGUAUCCUUGUGGUCUGGAUUGUUCUCCAGCUGUUUCCUCAAAUUGUGGCCACGACGACUCCCUUGGGCAAGCCUGUGGCUGGGUCGACGACCGGGCCACUUGCAUUUUGCGGCAUCUUACUUGCUUGGGGUGUCACGGAGGUAAUCAGAUAUGGAUUCUUCGUCUGGAAGACUGUCAUCAGCGACCAAAUUCCUUCGUGGUUGACUUGGCUGCGCUAUAACACCUUCUUCGUCCUCUACCCAAUGGGCAUCUCGAGCGAGUGUUUGUUGAUGUAUUUGGCACUAGCCCCUGCCGAGAAACAGGGCAAGAAUGUCGACUCGUUGCUCAAGAUUGUGCUUAUCAUCUACAUUCCUGGAUCUUACAUUCUCUAUACUCACAUGAUGUCGCAACGUCGGAAGGUUCUCAAAGGAAAGACAAAGUCCAGCUAAAUGGAUGCCUGCAAAGUGGUUGCCACGCUUGGCAUUCGACAUGCCUCUUCUCUAUCAGCAAGAGGUCAGUGACGUGGGGGUUGUUCUCAUCAUGAUGCUGUUAAGCGCUGGAACAUUGAUGAGGGCUACACAGUGACGAAUCCUUACACCUUCUUGCGACAUUUCCACGCAUGUCAGCGCUGAGAGGAUCGUCGACAGACCACCAGUGAAUGCUAUAUAUCCACAGCAGCUAUAGUCUGUGGAUGGAAUGGCAGCACAAACCUACCUGUCUCAUUCAACGCCAACACAAGCCGAGCUUAUGUCGGUAAGAGAUAUGUGGUGGUGGAUUUUGACGAUCUUGAGUCAAAACUAGCUGACAGGGGAAUUUCAGGCUCUGGAGGCAAUUAGAGAGGCUGGUAAUGACCAGUAUCUGACACACGAUCGACCUCGUUGGCUACCUCUGGGCACUCUGUGGACACAUUCCGCCGUGGAACAAAAGAUACAACAGAUCAAACAGAGGGCGAAAGGGUCCCGGACAGAAACAUGGGAUGCGUGCAGAGGCCGGUUUGCCCUGGGUGGAGGACCCGGAGCUGAGGCGAUGAUAGCCUUUGCUGCAGAGAAGAAGUUCCUCUGUACAAUCUGCCAGAAUUGGAUAUACCUCACCGAAAGGGGCCUGCGCUGUCUCUCACAGUCAAAGUCAGAACAAGAGGCUCGAAGUAGCAUUUCCCAAAAUACCUCGUCAUAAAAUCUCUAGAUUAAC